AUGCGAGACCUGCUGACAACUGAGAGCCAGAACUGCUACAAGGAGAGGAUCAAGAAGGAGAUGUUGACUCGUCUGGCCUGGAAAGGCCGCUACGCCAGACUCUAUCCAUCCAGCUAUAACCCUGGAAACAACAGCACAGAACAAACACAGCUGCCCCAACUGCCUGCUAACACUCGGGUUGUUGCCCAUCCUGUAACCAGGGAACCUGAGAAGCAAAGAAACCUUCCUCCUUCUCCUCCUCCUCCUCUGCCUGCAGUUGAAGGGAAGCAGCAGCUUGAUGUACAUCUGAAGAGGACAGUUUCUCCCCCAACCAGACAGACUCUGCAUCACGACUCUUCCCAUCACGGUACAGGGCGGAGUCUGUACCUUAAGAGGCGUGGCCACAUUGUACCUGAGGAGAAAUUUGACUUUCCACUGCUGUCAUCCUGGGAGUACGGCUGGAGGCUGGGUGACUUCAAUCUGAAUUACAGGACUCCGUCCUUUGCCAGGUUGUCAGUGGUGAAAAGCACUUUCUAUUCCAGGAAUGGAGUUUUCAACAUCCCAUCAGCUACUGACACUGUGGAAUAAAGUUUAUCUCUCAGA